CCCCAGUUUAUCAACAUGUUUUUCCUACACUUGCUAUCAUUCUACGCCGGCAUGCGAGUCUUCAUGCAUCUAGCGACUCACCAACAAACAAUCAAUGCUUUACUGUAUUUGAGUUGGUCGAUCUAUUUCAGCAUUUUCGUAAGUCAAAGCGUCAUCUACCUCUCGGCUCUUAAACACCAAAAAUCCACCCUGGUCAGCGUCAUUCAUCGAUGUCUGAAUCUGCCGCACAACGAAAAGCUUAUCAAUCGGUUCUAUCAGCUAUUGGAACAAAUUAAUUGCCGAGCGCCCCAUAUCACUUUCUAUCUUUUCGAGCUUCAUCCUAUAAUUUACGUCCAGGUUUGCGGUGAGCUGGCGACCUAUCUGUUGAUAUUGGUACAGUUUGACUUGCAACAAUAGAUGCCUAUCGGACGGACAAAUCAUUGGCACGUGGCACGAAUAGCG